AUGAAGGAAGACCCAGAGACCCUGCUGGCCCUGGAAAGAGCAAAAAUAAUUGCCCAGUAUGAUCAGGGACGCCAAGCAGGGGUUCCAGUGGAUCCUCAGGAAGACCCUGAGCUCCCCCUUUUCAAGGUCACCGACCGCCUCGGUUUCCUGCAUGAGGAGGAGCUGCCCAGCCUCACCACCCAGGAGGCGAAGCACAAACGCCGAGACAUCAGGCGAGCCGACAAGUGGCUGAAGAUGCUGAGGGACUGGGGGCAGUACCAAGGCAGCAAGAAGAUGCACAAGCGGGUCUUUAAGGGGAUCCCCCCGCAGGUGCGGGGUCGAGUGUGGUCGCUGCUGUUGGGCCUGGAGAAGGUGAAGGCGGAGAAUAAAGGCAAAUACGAGGUACGGCCCUUCCACAUUCGGCAGAGGCAGCGCCCACAGGCCCGGCCUUUCAGGAGCUGGGGGAGCCGGCGGGUGGUCAUGCGCCAUGGGACCCUCUCACCUGGCCUCAGCUCUUUCCUGGCCUGUACUGGACUCACGGGCCCUGGACACUCCCACCAGGAAGGCCCUGCCUGUCCUUCAGCUGCCUGGGCCUCCAUUACCUUCAGCUUGACCCAGUGCAGACACUGGAGCCAGAGACAGACAGACGCCACAUGAAUCCAACUACGGCCCACAGCCCUGAGUAGGGGACAGUCACACAGCAAAGGACAGAAACCAGGGAAAGAGCAAGGAAGCA